AAAACGCAGCUGACUUUCAAGAACACAAAAUUUGACAACAUCAAAAUAAGCAAAAAGGUCGAAGAUUGCUGGCGUACAUAAAGACUAGACUAUGCAUAUGUAAUAUUAAUUUGCUUAAAAUUAUGAUGUUAAGCAUAUGAGGAAAAUUUCAUAAUUUUAAGAGAAUAUUUAGGACUAUAGGAAAUCGCCAACAUGUUUCCCUCAAACGAUUCAAAAAAGGGUAACUUCCUGGAGCAAACUAAGGCUGCUAGAGAAGAAAGGGCUCUGGAGAAGAAAAGGGAAAACGCAGCCAUAAAAAUACAAUCGCAACUCAGAGGAUUCUGUGCCAGGAAGCGAUUUCGAUCCCGUGUGAUCUCAGAAUUUGAUGCUUUAAUUGGCUUUACGGAGAAGGGAAGCAACUCAAAAAUUCAAUCGAUACAACUUUUUCAUUCCACCACUAGACUGUUGCUUGUUUGGGAUAAAAAACUUGACAAGGAUAGAAUCGAAAAAUUAUGCGGACUUUUAGUGGACAGCCUGGCUGAGGACAAGGCCCAGCUCAGCUACAUUGGCGUAGCUCUGAACAGAGAGCACUCGAUUUACUGGAUCUCUCACAUAAAAAAAUUGCUAUGGAUGUGCUGCCAGUACAUGGAGGGUCUUUCCCCAGAGUUGGCCGCUGACUCUCGUUCUCUUCUCUUGUUCCUGCGGACGCUUGUAUCAUUCACGUCCAUUACGACUUGGGCCAUCCUUAGGUCCCCUGCCAUGGAAAAACUCAACCCUGGCAUGAACAAGCUCUGCGCAAACAUCAUAGGCGACCUGGUCAACAGAGGGUUUCUUACCACUUUAAAACGAGUUUUGAUCAAGGGACUUUGUGGAUCCAAACCAAGUUUGAAGCAAGUUUCCUUAUCUGCCCUCUUCAAACUUACUCUUCGACCUCUAGUCUUGGCAGACUUUUCCGAAAAACUGCUGUCCAUGUUUUUAAUUAACAUUGUCAGUGUUCCUGCCCUUCUGCACCAUCUUACUAUAAUUUCUCCAGAGUGUAUAAACCAGUUAGUAUCAAACGGAGUGUUUAAAAGGAGUAUGACGAUGCUCUCUUCAGAGCAGGACCUUCGAAUUGUGUUUAACACCUUGGAAGGCAACUAUGCCCUCUGUUUGCUGGCAAAUCUCAUACACAUGGCGCACAUUGAGAAGGAUGACAGCCUCAAGGAAUUGUACUUCCCAACAUUUAUAUGUGUGGUGUCUCGAAUGCUGGAGUGCUGCCAGAAGUAUGUGGGCAACAAAAGAUCAGAGGUCACUCACUGGCACCCUGUGCUGGGCUGGUUUGCUCAGGGUCUCGAUUUGCAGCUUCAAGCCUCAAUGCCCCUGGUGCGCAGACAGUUGAGCUACCUUUGGGCUGCUCCUCUCGUCUCCAUCCUGCUCAGCGACCUGAACCAAAUAGUGCAAGAAACAGGGGUGCCUGACCCUGUGGCCAGUGCUCCAAUCACCUUUGCUGGCUCUUCCAUGCAAAACAACUUCAACAGCAUGCUCAAGAAGGUGCUCGACCGACCUAACAAAAGUGGCAACAUCAAGUACGUCAAGCUCGGCAGCCCUGAGUGCACCAGAGUGGCUAUGAUGGCCUCCCUCUACCAGACCUCCCUUAGCACCCUUACCCAAUUGAAAUUGGACAUCCUAACUGGACUUUGUUACCAGAAUGGGGUUCUGCACUUGUUGUGGCAAUUUUUGUGGACGCUGGGUCCUUUGUGUGGAUUGAAAGCGUUUUUAGGACUACUUGAUGUAGACUCCAAUGGAACUUGCCCUGAAUUCCAAAUGCUGACCCUCUUUUGUGACUGCAUGAAUCACUACAUAUUAAUUUUAGACGACAUAGAAAUGUAUGAGCAGCAAAAGCCGUUUCGAGUGGGGGAUUACGUAUUGAUGUCUAAUUUUUUAAAUCAAUUUGCGUACAAAGCUGUCCUAGGAGGACUAUUUGAUGCCAAAAGUUUACAUGGCAAUGCGUUGUUCAACGCUGUUCUCACAUUGCUCCUGAGGCUUUACCAGCGAGAUUGUCGACGUCAGUACACCCCGGACGGCCACUGGUUACUGAAAGAUAUCAAAAUCAGCACAUUUAUCAGUGAUUUGGAGAAAGGCAAAAAGGCGAACCAGAUAAUCCUGCAAAAAAUGCCACACAUCAUCCCGCAAGAUGAACGGGUGCAGAUUUUUCGUAGGCACGUUGCCAACGAGAAAACGUCUUUAGGAAUCACUGAGAGUAGUUGCCACUCGUCAUCAACUUUGAUCACAAUUCACAGAUCAAGAAUUGUUGAGGAUGGCUACAGUCAACUUGCAACCUUAAACCCUCAAUCAUUAAAGGGCGUUAUCAGAGUUCGCUUUGUCAAUGAGCAGGGACUUUUUGAAGCCGGCAUUGACCAGCAUGGAGUUUUUAAAGAAUUCUUGGAGGAAACAAUCAAGAGAGUCUUUGACCCAUCUCUGAACUUGUUCCGCACCACGGCAGACGAGCGCCUUUAUCCUUCGCCGACGUCUGCCCUGCAGGACAACCAUCUUCAGCUCUUUGAAUUUGUAGGCAGAAUGCUGGGUAAGGCUGUCUACGAGGGGAUCGUGGUGGACGUACCCUUUGCCUCUUUUUUCUUGAGCCAACUGCUGGGCUCGCAACACCAGGCUUACUACAGCUCCAUUGACGAGCUACCCUCGCUGGACGAAGAGCUAUACCGAAGCCUGACCUACAUCAAACAUCACCAGGGUGAUGUAUCAGAGCUGGAUCUCAACUUCUCCAUCGACCAGGACUACCUGGGAAAAUUGGAGACAUUUGAGUUGGUUCCUGGUGGACGAGCCACACCGGUCACAAACGAAAACAAAAUAAACUACAUUCAUUUGAUGGCCCACUUUCGGAUGCACAUCCAAAUCAGAGAGCAGACUGCAGCAUUCAUAAGAGGCUUUCGCUCGAUCAUCAACACAGACUGGUUGUCUCUCUUUUCCACUCCGGAGUUGCAAAGGCUGAUUUCUGGAGACAAUUCUCCUCUGGAUUUGAAAGAUCUGAGAAGAAACACACAGUACUAUGGGGGAUUCCACGACUCGCACAAAGUGAUUGGUUGGCUCUGGGACGUUUUGGAAAGCGAUUUUUCUGAAUUGGAAAAACGUCACUUUCUAAAAUUUGUCACUAGCUGUUCGAAACCUCCCUUGCUGGGAUUUGCCCAUUUGGAACCUCCAUUUUCAAUAAGAUGUGUUGAGGUUGGGGACGACGAAGACACGGGAGACACUAUUGGAAGUGUGAUACGAGGCUUCUUCACAAUUCGUAAAAAGGAUCCCCAGCAUCGACUGCCAACAUCUUCAACGUGCUUCAACCUCCUGAAGCUGCCCAACUACCAAAGGAAGAGCACCCUUAGGGAGAAACUCAGAUAUGCAAUCAGUAGCAACACUGGAUUUGAACUUUCUUAAUUCAUUCAGUUUGAUAUGUCAUGAUUUUAAAAUGAUGUGAUAUCUAUAUAUUUAUGAGAUUUAUAUUGAGUAAAAAUAAAAUUAUCAAGAUGAAACUAA